UUCAAAGUGUUCUCUAUUCGUAAGUUCCAAGACAAAACCGCCUCUAUGAAGAGUUGACCAAUCACAGCGUAGAUUGAUGUAUGAAAUUAAUAUGGCGUCUGCUAGUGUUUUGUUAACAGCCGGCUUCUGCUUUAAUUAGUUUUUAUCGAGAAAAACAUUGUAAAAUGGAAGUUAAUAUUACGCCCGCGCAAGGUAAUAAUGCUAGAAAAAGGGUACGCAAUGAAUAUAACUGGAAACGCAAUGUACAAAAGCGCAACAGAUAUUCUGCAAAAAAGCUACCAGAUUUGAAUAAUCUAGGAAAAUGUCGACAUAAAACUAAAGAUUACAAAUGCAACGACAUAAAUCACCAAGAUGUACGAAAAUUCCAUCAGUCGUUUUAUUCAAAACCUGAGAAAAUUUAUCAAGACAAUUUUAUUCUCAAGUUUAUUCGAAUACAUUACCCUUUAGAACGAAAACGUAAAAAAGGAACCAGAGCGCCUUCUGAAACAUAUACGAAUUUUUAUAUCAGAACUUAUGUGAAACCUUAUCGAAUGAAAAAAAUUUGCCAAAGAGUAUUCUUGCAAAUACUUGGAAUCGGAAUUCAUCGGGUCCGCAACAUUGCAAAAAAAUUUUUAACUGCAGGACAAUUACCUAUAGAGAGUAGAGGCGGUGACAGAAUUUCGCAUAAAAAUACGCACAAAGCACAGGCUGUCAUGCAGUUCAUAGAAUCGUUUAAAUGUGUUGAAUCACAUUAUUGUAGAUCAUCUACAUCGACCAGAAAAUAUGUUUUGUCUGAAUUAAACAUAAAAAAAAUGUGGAAAAUGUACCAAGUAAAACAUUCAGAUGAAUUUAAGGUUCGGCAAUGCUUCUUUAGAAAUAUUUUCGUAAAAAAAUAUAAUAUUGGAUUCAAAACUCCACGUGUAGACGUCUGUUCUAAAUGUUUAGAAUUUAGUGUAAAGAUAAAAUCACAACAAAAUCCUGCUUUGAAGCAAAUGCUAAUAACUGAACAGCGUAUACACAAAUUGAAAGCCAAUAGUUUUUAUUACUAUUUGAAACAAAAGGAAGAUAAAACAUUAACGAUGUCUUUUGACUGUCAAAAAAACCAAGUCCUCCCUAAAAUUCCCGACCAAUCGGCGUAUUACAGUCGGCAGUUGUAUAAUUACAAUUUUACGAUAGUUGUCGGCACCUCAACUCAGAACUUUCUAAAAGAAAACGUACACAUUUAUACAUGGACAGAAAACACUCAUUGUAAAUCAUCGAAUGAAAUCGCGUCCGCUGUUUUUGAUUUACUGAAGAAAAUCGACCUUGCAGGUAAGAAAAAAGUAAGAAUGUUAGCAGAUGGCUGUACUUCCCAAAAUAAAAACAGUAUUUUACUUGCUAUGAUUGCUUUCUGGCUGACUAAUCAUGCUCCACGGCAUAUAAAGACAGUUGAGCUUAUUUUUCCAGUACCCGGUCAUUCCUUUAUGCCGGCGGAUAGAAUAUUCGGUCUUAUAGAAAAGGAAAUAAAAAGCAAAGAACAAGUAAUUCUACCUCGCGAAUACAUCUCAAUAUAUGAAAAUUAUGGUCAGAUAACAAAACUUGGUGUGGAAUGCGAAGUGAAAAACUGGAAGGAAUAUUGCAGUAAUAUAAUGAAACCUACAAAUCAAUAUCAUUUUAAGUUUGCCGAAUGUAAAAGAUUUUAUAUAACCAGGGUAAAGAAUAGGGAAGGUCGCUUUUUACUGCGAGGAGAAGUGAAUUACAAGACAGAUUUAGGAGUAGCAAAAAGUGUGAUGAAGAGGAAUACUACGACGUCUUCGGUUGGUGUCAGAGUAGUAGAGCCGUUCAAUGUUUCAGUGAGUAAAUUAAAACUGGAUGAUGUUGAUUCUCUUUUAGUCAAGCAUUACGGUUGCCACUGGAAAACUGAAUUCGCUAGUGAGUUAUCAUUUUAUAAAAAUGCCAUUGAAAACGUCCCUACAUUUGACGGAGAAUUAACUAAUGACGAACCCUGUGAAUUCUUACCGGAACAAGGAGUAUCUAUAUAAUCUGCCUGUCAAAAAUCUGUUUUGUUUUUCAAACAUUAUUAAAUUACUUUUGCCUAAAUGCCUGUGCCUUAUUGCAUAACACUUUACCUAUGAAGAAGUUUAUGUCAAAACCUACUCUAUCGAAAAGUUGUAGAACAAAAGCGCCUCUAUUCGCCACUUAGAUUCAAAAUCUCCACUAUUGAAACUUUAACAAUAAUUAUCUCAAGUUAUGUUCAUUUCUUAUCACUUUUUCUUUAACUAUUUGAAUUAUUGUAUAUUUUUGAAGCUAUUAUGAUAAUAAACGCUGCUCAAUCAUGUACAAAUUUAUUUUUUCAAGUUUUCGACCAGUAAAUUCAAAUUGAUAUAAAUGGAUAGAGGCGC